AGCAUUGUAAGAAGGUGGAACAUACCAACAAGAGACCUGCACAUUGUCACAACAAGUGAAACAGUUAGCUAGUUUUUAGCUAUUUAUUUCAGCUAUUGACCACAGAGCCUCCUCCUCUUCAUGCUGCUGUGCCGGGUUUCGGCAGUGGGCCAGACUCUAGCGAGAUGGGGACGGAGGUCACAGCGGGGAGACGGCCUCCUCCAGCGGGCUGUCUCCUUCAGCACCGGCCGCUGGUGUGCUGUCAGUUCAGGAGAAGGUAACGCUCAGCCCGCAGAGGCCGGUUCUGCUCAGGGCCUGUACCGAGACACAGUGCUCCUGCCCCGGACUGACUUCCCCAUGAAGCUGACCGGACAGAAGCUUCUGGACAGAGAGCUCCAGAUCCAGCAGGAGUGUGGAUUUGCAGAGUUGUACACCUGGCAGAAAGAGAGGAAAGCCAAAAAGGAGUUCUGCCUUCAUGACGGACCUCCGUACGCCAAUGGAGACCCUCAUGUAGGACAUGCACUCAACAAGAUCCUGAAAGACAUCCGCAACCGUUUUGAGAUGCUGAGGGGGCGACAGGUCCACUACAUCCCAGGCUGGGACUGUCACGGCCUGCCUAUCGAGCUGAAGGCUCUGGGAGAGCUGGGGACCAGCGGCCUCAGUCCUCUGCAGAUCAGACAGAAAGCGCGGGAAUUUGCAGAGGGGGCCAUAGCUCGUCAGAAGGCUGCUUUCCAACGCUGGGGGGUGAUGGCUGACUGGGACCAGUGUUACUACACGUUUGAUGGAGCCUAUGAGGGGGCUCAGCUCAAUGUCUUCCAGGAUAUGCACAGCAAGGGGCUCAUCUACCAGGACUAUAAGCCAGUCUUCUGGUCUCCAUCAUCAAGAACGGCCCUAGCGGAAGCAGAGUUGGAGUACAACCCCGAGCAUGUGAGCAGGGCCAUCUAUGCCACAUUCCCCCUGGUCACACUGCCUCCUAACAUAGCCUCAGAAGCAGCAGAUCUGAGCGGUGUCUCUGUGUUGGUGUGGACCACCCAGCCGUGGACUAUUCCUGCCAACCAGGCCGUCUGCUACAUGCCCAACGCCCAGUACUCUGUGGUGAAGAGGACUGACAACUCUCAGCUGCUUUUAGUGGCCACUGAGCGUAUAGCUAGCAUGGCAACACUGCUGGGCACAGAGCUGGAGAGUGUAGGCACAUACACAGGGUCCCAACUUGAAGGCGGGGUCUGCAAACAUCCCACGAUACCCGACAAAGAAGUGCCGCUACUGCCGGCCAAUCAUGUGACUAUGGGGAAAGGAACAGGAUUGGUCCACACAGCGCCAGCUCACGGCAUGGAUGAUUAUAGCGUGGCGUCACAGUUUAAACUGUCUGUGGAGUGUAUGGUGGAUGAGGAUGGCAAGUUCACUGAGCUGGCCGGCCCUGAGCUGAAGGAUCUGUCUGUGAUGAGUGAGGGCACUGAAAAAGUGAUUUCCAUGCUGAAGGAGUGCGGGGCUUUGGUGAAAGAGGAGCAGUGUGUCCACAGCUACCCGUACGACUGGAGGACCAAGCAGCCAGUCGUCAUCAGGCCCAGUAAACAGUGGUUCAUUAACACAGCCUCACUCAAAGACAAGGCCAAGGAUGCGCUGCAGAAGGUGCGUAUUUUGCCAGAGUCAGCGCGGGGAAGCUUGUUAGCCAUGCUGGACAGACGGACCUACUGGUGCAUCUCCAGACAGAGAAGCUGGGGCGUCCCUAUACCAGUGUUCUACCACAAAGAGACCGGAGAGCCGCUCAUCAACAAACACACAGUGUCCCAUAUAGCAGAGCUCUUCAAAGAAAAGGGCAGUGACUGUUGGUGGGAGCUUCCUAUUGAGACUUUGCUGCCAGCAGACGUGAUAAAGAAGAGUAAAGCAGGUCCAGUCACUGACUAUGUUCGUGGAGAGGACGUGCUGGACAUCUGGUUUGACAGUGGAGCAUCAUGGGCUGCUGUACUAGAAGAGUCAGACUCCAGAGCAGAUGCAUACGUGGAGGGGAAGGAUCAGAUCGGAGGCUGGUUUCAAUCCUCGCUGCUAACCAGUGUCGCCAUGAGGAACAAAGCGCCUUACAAAUCUCUGGUGGUCCAUGGCUUUACUAUCAGUGAGAAGGGAGAGAAGAUGUCCAAGUCUCUGGGGAACGUUGUGGAUCCUGAUACAGUCAUUAAUGGAGGGAAGGACUCCAGUUGUCCAGCGUACGGGGUAGACGUGCUGCGCUGGUGGGUGGCAGAGUCCAACAUAUUCUCUGAGGUUCAGAUCGGGCCCACUGUGCUAAACUCAGCCAAAGAUAGCAUCGGCAAGUUGAGGAACACUCUGAAGUUCCUCCUCGGUAACCUGAAAGGCUUCGACCCUCGAGUUCAAGCCGUGGACGCCAAAGAGAUGUACUACAUCGACCAGUACAUGCUGCACCUGCUGCGCGAGUACAGCAUCAAGGUGACAGACGCCUACAGUGAGUUUGAUGCAGGCAGGGUCAUCCGCAUCCUGCAAGCCUUCAUCUCCAGAGAUCUCUCCAGCUUUUACUUCAGCAUCAUUAAAGACAGGUUGUACUGUGAUCCAGAAGACUCACUGGGCAGAAGAUCAUGUCAGACCGCCUUGGAGGAAAUCCUGGAUGGGCUGACCAGAUCCAUCGCUCCCAUCCUGCCACAUCUAGCGGAAGAGGUCUAUGCAUAUGCACCAGGACAUGACAAAGAGGAGACGCUAUUCAGGAGCGGCUGGAUCAAGAGCAGCUCUGUGUGGAGGCGACCGGGGUUGGAGGAGGUGGUGGAGGGGGCGUGCGCCAUCAGGGACUCCUUCCUGUCGUCCAUCCCGGGCAAGAACGCGGCUCAGUACGACCUCAGCAUCGCCAUCGAGCCCGGUCUGAUGUUUGAACUCAUGGAGUCUCUCCAAGAGGAGCCCACCUCCACCUCCUCCCAGCUGGCUGAGCUGAUGAUGGCAGCGCGGGUCAACCUGAGCGGCCAGCUGCCCCGCGACCUGCCCCCCGACGCCCUGCUGAAACAAGGCAGCUUCCUCAUCAACCUGGAGGGUGGUGUUAUCCGGGAGGACAGCGCCUACAGUAUAGCAGCGGUGCCCACGUCCACCCCCCGCUGCCCUCGAUGCCGCCGCUACACCGCCGAGACAGCAGACUGCAUGUGCCCACGCUGCCAGACCGUCGUCUCGCAGGCUCACUGA